AUGGUCAAGGUCGCAGUGGCAGGCGGCACCACCGCUAUCGGUAGGGCCAUCGUCAAGGCAAUUGAGAAAGAUGGUUCCCAUGAAUGCGUUAUCCUCAGCCGGAACGACUCAAAUGAUUCCAAGGUCCUCGCCGUGGACUACUCGGACCCCAAAAGUCUACAAAGUGUUCUCGAAGAACAUGAGGUUCACACGGUCAUCUCAGCGGUCUCGUUACAGAGUGAAGCUAGUGGACAGGCUCAACUGAAUCUCAUUGAGGCAGCCGAUCGGUCGAAAGCCACCAGGAGAUUUAUGCCAAGUGAAUUCGGUGCAAAAUAUGAUUCAAGUCAUCUUGCAGCAUUACCUCUCCAUGCUUUCAAGUUCAAAGCGAUUGAACUUCUUGAGACUUCCAGCCUGGAGUAUACUCUUUUUUCCAACGGGUUAUUCAUGGACUAUUGGUUUGCGCCUCACAUACCGUCCGCCUUCGAUUUCAAUGCGCCUUCUUGGGUUGAUCUGGAUAACAACUUUGCCGCAAUUCCUGGUAAUGGCGACACCCCGUUAGUCUUGACUCAUUCGCAGGACAUAGGCCGUUUCGUUGUGAAGGUUCUUGGCCUGAAUGAAUGGGAGAAAAGAUGUUUUCUCGUUGGAGACAGGCUGACCUUGAAUGAAUUUCUGCGUAUUGCUGAGGAGAUCAAAGGAGUGUCUUUCGAGAGACAUGACGACGCAAUGGAGACGCUUCUUAAGGGGCAAUGCACAAUUCUUCCCGCCGUAGCGGCCAAGUUGCCUCCUCAAUAUGUCUCGGGGGCUUUCAUGAAGAUCCUCGCAGCUUGUGGAAGCUGGGCUGCUAACGGGGGUCUGAAUUUGCCUGCAGAGGGGACUUUGAACGCAAUGUUUCCCGACAUUCAAACGCUUACAGUUCGGGAGGCUAUCGAAAUUUACUUUGGGCGGGUAAAGAAUUGA